CUCUCUCUCUCUUCUUUCUCUCUCUAAAUCAGUUUUCAUUUACUCUAUCUAGACUAAUGGGGAAGAUCAAGAUUGGAAUUAACGGGUUUGGAAGAAUCGGGCGUUUGGUUGCAAGAGUAGCUCUGCAGAGGGAUGAUGUCGAGCUUGUUGCUGUUAACGAUCCAUUCAUCACCACUGAUUACAUGACAUACAUGUUCAAAUAUGACAGUGUGCAUGGCCACUGGAAGCAUGGUGAAGUGAAGGUGAAAGACGAGAAUACCCUUCUCUUCGGUGAGAAAUCUGUCAGAGUUUUUGGGUUCAGGAAUCCCGAGGAGAUUCCAUGGGCUGAAGCCGGUGCCGAUUUUGUGGUCGAGUCUACCGGUGUUUUCACUGACAAGGACAAAGCUGCUGCUCACUUGAAGGGUGGCGCUAAAAAAGUAGUAAUCUCUGCUCCAAGCAAAGAUGCCCCGAUGUUUGUUGUUGGAGUAAACGAGAACGAAUACAAACCCGAGUUAAACAUAGUCUCCAACGCUAGUUGCACCACCAACUGCCUCGCCCCAUUGGCCAAGGUCAUUCAUGACAGGUUCGGCAUUGUGGAGGGCCUCAUGACGACCGUUCACUCCAUCACCGCUACGCAAAAAACCGUCGACGGUCCGUCGAGCAAGGACUGGAGAGGCGGACGAGCAGCCUCGUUUAAUAUCAUUCCCAGCAGCACUGGAGCUGCUAAGGCUGUUGGUAAAGUACUUCCAGCUCUAAACGGAAAGUUGACCGGAAUGUCGUUCCGAGUUCCUACAGUCGAUGUUUCGGUAGUUGACCUUACAGUUAGGCUAGAGAAAGAAGCCACCUAUGAAGAAAUCAAAGCUGUAAUAAAGGAAGAAUCGGAGAACAAGCUCAAGGGCAUUUUGGGAUACACCGAAGAUGAUGUGGUUUCGACCGACUUUGUCGGCGACAGCAGGUCAAGCAUUUUCGAUGCAAAGGCCGGAAUUGCAUUGAACAAGAAUUUCGUGAAACUUGUCUCGUGGUACGAUAACGAAUGGGGUUACAGCUCACGAGUGGUCGAUUUGAUUGUCCACAUGGCUUCUGUCGAGUAAUGUCUUCGGCUUUUUCUUACGGGGGAUCGAAGUGUUGUUCUACUUGUUAACUUUCUUUACUAUUCGGUUUCUUUCGAUUUUUGUUCUAGAAUAAAUUAUGUUACUGCACCAUGGUUUUGCAGUUUCAUGUCUUAAUUAAUUGUCUUUGUCAUAGCUAUAAAGUUUUGCCCUUGUGGGUUUUAAUGAGAUUCAAAUAAACUUAUUCCCCUUUAAUUUUUA